UUUUAUCCAUCACCUGAAGGGUCAUAAAGAGAGACCACCUUACCAGUGUCCUCAGUGUGAUUAUUCCUGCGUUAGUUUAUCCUACAUGUUAAAUCACAUGUACUGGCAUGCUGGGUAUAAGCUGUAUAAGUGCAGGUUCUGCAACUUUUUGUCUUUGUAUUUUACAAGCAUGGUGAGGCAUAGCUAUAUCCAUACAGGAACUAAACCGUAUACCUGUGAGGUCUGCAAGUCAGCAUUCGCAACCGACAGCGGAUUAGAGAGACACAGAAGAAAAUUCCAUGCUGGGAAGGAAACACACCAAGGGCAGCAACUCAGUGAAUGUGUAAGUAAAAGGCAGAGAACUCAAAGACCUUUAAAGAGUUAUGCAUGUGAUGAGUGUCACCUAGUGUUUUAUACUAGGGGACAUCUUAACUUUCAUAAAAAAUUUCAUGAACAGACUAAUGGUUAUAUAGAUCAGACUAAUGAGUACUGUGAAAGCAAACGAUAUCAACUUGACAGUGAUUCCCGUGACUGUGUUUCUCUAUUUCUUUCUGAGGACAGUCAUCCAGCUGGAGAAAUGUGUAAAAUGAUGGAACUGGACUUUAAGCAGUCAGGUGGCAUGUGGGACAAUAAGAAAAUGUGCUCUGGGCAGAAAUUCCCUGAAAACAGCUAUGGAAGCAGCAGUUUGCCUACUACUGAGAAUGAUUCAAAAGUUUUUCCAGAGUCAAACAUAGCAGAUACUGUGACUUGCAAAGAAGAGCCCCUCUUCAGCCCCAAGGUCACUUAUUCCCAAGUUCAAGUUGAUAAUGAAGACGAUGCAUACCAUAGACUUGGGGAAAACUUUAAGGAUACAUGGCCUUCCACUUUGUCCUCUUUCAAAAUGUACAAAUGUGAACAGUGUGAUUAUGCAACUGCUGCUUACAACAGCCUUAAGGUGCACCUAAGAAAACAUAGACACAAAAAACUGUUUGAGUGCAAAGAAUGCAGUAAGACAUUUAGAACUUCAAGCCUUUUGCAGAGGCACAGAUGUCUUCAUGUAAAGAAUCAAUAUGACUUUGGUCACUACCUCUGCAUAGACAGAUGUUUAGAGGAUUUUGAUUUGCAUCAUGAAGGGCAUCUAGAUACGUAUCCCGAAAGUUUUAUUCCCUCAGAAGGUUUAAAUGGUGUCCAUUCCUUGCUUUCUCUGAAGGCAAGUGGAGAACAGACAGAAGUCCAGAGGAGCAAGGAGCAUGAUUUGGGAACACAGAGUCAGCCUCAGUUCUAUCAGUGCUCAGAAUGUGAAUACACUACUUAUAUUUUAAGCAAUCUUAAGCUGCAUGUAAGAACCCAUACGGGUGAGAAACCUUACAGCUGCAGUGUUUGUCAAAAGAACUUUCGUACUUCCAGUCACCUGAAACGACACAAGGUCCUACAUUUUAAUGUGAAACAUCUCAAAUGUAGGACCUGUGACUAUUCAACAGACAAAUGGUUAACCCUGAAACGGCAUCUGACUUUGCACUCUGAUAACGAAAUCUCAUCUGGUGGGAAUGCCUAUGAACAAAAGGUACUGCCGGUCAAAACGUACACGUGUGAAGAGUGUGGCUAUACCACAACCCACAAUGGAAACUUUAAGCAGCACUUGAGAAUUCAUACAGGAGAGAAGCCAUUCAAAUGUAGUCAGUGUUCGAUUUCUUUCCGCACAUCUGGCCACCUGAAGCGCCAUCUGCUAACUCAUCUGAAGUUGCACUGCAAAAGGUGUGCGUUUUCUACAAUAGAUAGAUAUGCUAUGCAAAAGCAUGCAAAAACACAUAAAGUGUACAAGUGUAAAAAGUGCAAUGUCACAUUUCCUACCAAAAAGCUGCAUGAAAAGCAUAAAUGGCAACAUUUAAGAGCUGGACCAUAG